CAUCACCCACCACUCUAUGGAGCAGUGCCUGAUACGUCCCACGUGUGGCUGUUGAAAGCGUUUCCCAAUGGCAGCCUCGUUUUCUCAGGAGCUCGAGGAGCUGUUGAAUCCUUUGCCUAAAUUCGUGGAUCCAGAGGACGAUGGUGACGAAGCGACCAAAGCCAAAGUCGUCGAGAAAUUCAAUGACGACGAAGACGAAGACGGCCUCGGCCUCAGUGCCCUGCGGAAGCACAACACGUCUCUGCUCUCCGACACAGACCGGCGGUACGUGGGUAAAGCAGUCUCCCGUAAACAGUUGCAGAUAGAUAUCGGGGGAUCUGGUGAUGAAGAUGAUGGUGAUGAUGAGGAGGAGGAGGAGGAGGAGGAGGAGGAGGACGGCAGCAGCAGCAUAGAAGGGUUGGACGAGAAGGAAGGAGAGGAUUUCAUGGUGGAUGAGGAGCCAGGGGAUGAUGAAAACAAUCUAGAAGAUGAUGAGGAAGAGUUGGCGGGCAAGACAAAAGUUUCUGGCGUGAGAUUUCCUCAGGGAGUGGAUUUCCACAAGCUGACAGAGGGCAUGGAUGAUCUAGGAGUGAGUGAAGAAGAUGCUGGUGAUGAUAGUGGCGAAGAAACUGAGGGCAGCGACGAAGAUGACGCCUCUGAUGAUGAUGAUGAUGACAUGGAGGACGAUGAUGGGGAGGAGGAGGAGGGAACCCUGCGCACAUUUUCCAAAGAGAAAGUAGAUGAAGAGGUCGAGAAAGGGAAAGCUGUGAAGAACCAGCUGGCCCUGUGGGACCACCUGCUCGAAGGGCGAAUCAAGUUCCAUAAAGCUCUGGUGACGGCCAACCAGCUUCCACAGCCGCAGACCCUCUCAGAGUUUAAGAGGAAGGGCGGUGCUGAGAUUGCAGGGGCGCUGAAGACCACACACAAGGCUUUAAAGGCUCUCCAACGGUCCCUGCUGGAGCUGCAUGAUCAGCUGCUGUGCCAGAACGCAGACACGAGGCCCAUCUCUCUGGGCAAGACUGGGGCUCAGGGUGAAGACGAGGAGAUAAACAGUGAUGAGAAUGACGACGAAUGGGGAUCAGCGCAGAUGGGCCUAGCACCGAAACGAAAAUUGGAGAUGGCAGAGUACCCAGACUUCAUGGCCAAACGCUUCGCUGCAUUCCAGCCUUACCGCAACGCAACGCUGCAGAAGUGGCACGACAAAACUAGACUGACCAUGGGUAAGAGCAGCAAGGGCUUUGGGGCAUUUGAUAGGAACAUACUGACUCAGGUGGAGCAGGUGCUGAUGGACAAAGAUAGGCUGGUGCGGCGUACCCAGACCCGACGCUCAGAAUACAGAGUCCUGGGGAAGAGAGAGUCUUCUGCUUUCACCUCGAAGUCUGUCCCCUGUGAAGAUGAAGAGGUGGAGCAGCAGCUGAAAGCUAACACGCAUCUCAAAGACUUGGACGAGGACAUAUUUGACGACGACGACUUCUACCACCAGCUACUGCGAGAGCUCAUCGAGCGCAGGACGAAUGCAGCAGAUCCCAACGACCAGGUGGCCAUGGGCCGACAGUGGCUGGCCAUCCAGAAAUUGCGCAGCAAGAUCAAGAAGAAGGUGGAUACCAAAGCCAGCAAGGGGCGCAAGGUCCGAUUCCACAUCCACAGUAAGCUGGUGAAUUUUAUGGCUCCGUUUGACAACAGCUUAAUGAACGACGAGGCUCGUAGCGAACUCUAUCGUGGCCUUUUUGGUCAGAACUCCUCUGUCAGGGAGUGACGUUGAGGAGGUUCUCAUGUGGAGCAGAUGCUGAGUGCCAGGAUACCACAUCCCCAAAAUGAUGCUGAGCAGCAGAUUGAAGGGGGAGACCCCCUCUCCCCAUUGCUGUUCGUCAGGAGAUCUGAUUCAGACGAGGUGGACAGUUACAGUGGUCUAGUGGAACAGGAGUAAAAUGGACUCAGAAGGCACAUUCAGUUCUUUAUCAAUCAAGGCCUUUAUUCUGAGGGACACUGUCAGCAUUGUUGACCUUAUGACUAAAAAUAUAAUUUGUAUGUGAAUGUUAUAUGGACUUCAAGGAAUCAAAAUAUUUCUUCUGUGAUCAAGUGUCAAAUGAUUCAAGUAAAGUUGUUUACCUUAAACUUCA